UUGAAUUCGUAGAGAAUUUUACAGUCUUUCUUAGACCUCUCGAUUGACUAUAUUCCGCGAUCAACUCAAGGCUAUCAAGCAUGUUGCGACCGAAAGUUUCGAAUUCUUCUUCUGACCGAUGACUUUACGAGAUUGGACGUGCAUUCGCGUUUAGCUUCAGUGCUAAAUACUCGAUUUACAUCGUAAUAUACGGAGUAGAUAAUCCCGAGGUAGCGCGAGUCUUGUCUCCUUCUGCAUUAUAGUCUUAUUCAUAUAAUGUAAACUGACAAGAGAGAGGAAACUAGAUUAAAAUUUGUGUUAUCGUGUAGUUUAAUUAAUUCCGAUUUGAUAAAUAACGAGAUAGGUUCCAUGAAUAGCAUAUGUCAGUCCACAGAGUUCGGUCUGCGCGCAAUCGGCGUAUGGCCGGACACGUCAUAUGCAAUUUUGCGCCGAAUUUUGUGCAUUUCCUCGAUGGCAGUGUUUCAGACUUUUCAGUAUCAAUACUUGUUCAUGCAUUUCGAGGAAGAGGAUCUUUAUAUCCUGAUGGACGUAUUGAGCGGAACUGUGGCUUACAGCCUUCUGUUAAUUAAGUUGAUAAUUUUCGCAUUCAAUGCUCAUCUGCUGAGUGAAAUCAUAGCGCAUAUAGUCGAAGAUUGGAAGGAACGCGAUGUCUCCGAAGAAUACACAAUGACCAGAAUAGCUUAUAUCUCUCGUCGGUUGUCGAACUUGAUAAUCAUCAUGUACGCGAUGACGGUGUUUCUCUACGCUACCAGUACUGUGCUUAGGUAUAAGAGUACUAAUCAGACCGAUACUCGAGAGCUCAUUCUUAAGAUGGAAUUGCCUUUCGAAAUGAAGAGCACAUCAGUAUAUAUCGCUGUUCUAGUUAUUCAAUUUGUUCAUCAGACGAGCGCGGCCAGUACGGAGGGCGUGAUAAACUCCUUGCUGAUAACACUAGUGCUUCACACCUGUGGACAGAUCAAUAUAGUACAACAAAAGUUGAGCGAAAUCACGCAGACGAAUAUUGAACGAGGUAUCACUGAAAAUAUCAUGAAGACGUUGAUCAUUCGUCAUCAGAAGAUUAUCUCGUUUUUUAAAAAUAUCGAGAGAAUCUUUUCAAACAUCGCACUAGUACAAUUUGUCUCAAACAUUCUGGUUAUCUGUUGUCUAGGAUUUCUCAUUGUGGUUUCAAUCAGUGUCCCGAAUGGAACAACAGUAUUAGUAAAAUCCGUGUUAUUUUACAUUGCGAUCAACUUAGACGCAUUUAUAUUUUGUUUCGUCGGAGAAUAUCUCAGUACAAAGAGCAGAUUGAUCGGUGACGCGGCAUAUAAUUCACUUUGGUACGAUUCAAAUCUUAAUCAGCAUCGGAAUGUUCUUCUAAUGAUUAUGAGAUCGCAGAAGCACUUGCAACUCACGGCUGGAAAGUUUGUGGAUCUUUCUUUGCAGCAAUUUGCCAACGUGCUUCACGUUUGUGGACAGAUCGAUAUAGUGCAACGAAAAUUGCACGAAAUUAUGGGGAAGAAUAUCAAGCAAAAUAUUACUGAAAGUAUCAUGAAGAAACUGAUCAUUCGUCAUCAGAAAAUUAUUUUGUUUUCUAAGAAUAUCGAGGGUCUCUUUUCAAGCAUCGCGUUUAUAGAACUCUUCUCAAAUACUUUGAUUAUCUGUUGUCUAGGAUUUAUCAUCGUGGUUUCAAUUGGUGUUCCAGGUGGAACAACAGUGUUACUGAAAUCCUUGGUAUUUUAUAUUAUGGUCUGCUUAGAUGCAUUCGUAUUUUGUUUUACCGGAGAAUAUCUCAGCAUAAAAAGCAGAAUGAUUGGCAACGCAGCGUAUGAAUCGCUUUGGUACGAAUCGAAUCCGAGUCUGAAUAAGAAUGUCCUUCUAAUGAUUGUAAGAUCACAGAAGCACUUGCAACUCACGGCUGGAAAGUUUGUGGAUCUUUCUUUGCAGCAAUUUACAAACAGCAGAAUGAUUGGCAACGCAGCGUAUGAAUCGCUUUGGUACGAAUCGAAUCCGAAUCUGAAUAGGAAUGUCCUUAUAAUGAUUGUAAGAUCGCAGAAGCACUUACAACUUACAGCUGGAAAAUUUAUGGAUCUUUCUUUGCAGCAAUUUACAAACAUUGUGAAAGCGUCUGCGUCAUAUGUGUCUGUGUUACACGCGAUGUAUUGAAAUAUAUUGUGCAUUACACGCACGGCCUCGCGUGCAGAGA